AUGCGGCUCGAUCCAUCUGCCUCGUCUCUGCCGAAGCGUUCGGAAAUUGACGACACGCCUGGCCACCCUCCUGGAGCCAGAUGGCUAUGGGGCCAAGAUGAUGAACUUGGAAGGCUCAAUCUACUGACCCCUGAACGCACUGCCGCAGCCGCUAAGCUCAUCAAAUCAGGUCAAGUUGUCAAUCUGAACCUCCGUGCGGAUCUGCCCGACCCUCCAGUAUUUGGUAGAGAACGGUUCAAGCAUACAAUCAAGCCGCUAGGCGGUCCUGGGAAUGACGAUCUCUAUGAGUUGAACACCCAGAGCGGCUCACAGUGGGAUGGAUUUCGACAUGUGGCGACUAAACAUAAUGACGAAUGGAUCUUCUACAACGGCAUUACGCAGCAUGACAUCGAGACGACAUCUAAGAUGGGCAUGGAACCAUGGGCCAAACACGGUAUCGUUGGCAGAGGCGUCCUCCUUGACAUUUGGCAUUUUCUGAAAGAGUCCUACGAUCCAUUUACAAGCCGGCCGAUCACCUUCAAGGAGAUUCAAGACUGCGCGAAAGCUCAAAAGGUCGACUUCCAAUAUGGCGACAUUCUGAUCCUCCGGACCGGCUGGGUCGACAAAUAUCUCCAGAAGAACCAAGACGAACGUAACAAGCUAGGCGAGGUGGUGGGGUUGAAUCAUGAAUUCGUUGGAGUCGAACAGACCCAAGAAGUGAUUGACUUCCUUCACGACAACUACUUCAGUGUUGUGGCAGGAGAUCAACCUGGAUUCGAAAAGUGGCCACCGCCCAAAGAUCCCGUCCUGCACAGUAUCCUGCUUCCUCUUUGGGGCCUUCCCAUCGGCGAGAUGUGGGAUCUGGAGGAGCUUGCUCAAGUCUGCCGUCAGAAGGGGCAGUAUACCUUUUUCUUUGCGAGUACGCCCGCGAACGUCGCUGGUGGAGUUGGCAGUGUGUCUAAUGCAAUGGCGGUCUUCUAG